AUGUCUUCCCUGGCUGGUCUUGUCCAGCCCACCACCAGACAGCUGCUGACUGGCGCUGCUCUGCUGUUUUUGACGGCGUUCUACUCGCCAUUGACGGUGCUGAUGCUGACGCCAGUAUAUGGCUCGGCUCCUGCCCAUAUCUUCCACGGCUAUGGAGUGGCACUCAUUGGCGCUGCUGGAUGGUUCCUUAAAGACCACAUCCAGCGAUUGACUGGCCGCCGGGCUCUUUUCCUGCUCCCUGUUGUGGCAUUCUGGGUUCCUACCGUUCAGAGUUUCUUGUUCGCAUCGAGCUCCGUUAUGGGAAACCCCUUCGGAGCUGUAGUCACAGAGGUCAUUUCCUACUACCCUCUGGUUCUGCUCUCCGUGGCUUGUGCUGGUAAGCUGGUGCAGUCGGGUUUGAAUCUGAGCCAGCACGGUGAUGCAGUCGCUGAGCACGUUCCUCUCGUGGUUACCUAUAUCCUCUACAAGACUGGCGAGAAGUUCGCCAAAGCUUUCCUGGCCAAGUUCAUUGGAACUACCUUCUUCUUUUCUCGUGCUGGUCUCCAACUCUUGCUCCCAGUCUUCUACACCGCUAUUGCCCCUUCCAAGUUCCUGCUCUUUGCUAUUCCCUCCCUUCUGUUCUCCAUGACGUCCAAUGUCCACAUGAACUCUGGAGCAUUGAACUCUUUCCUCAAUGACGAGGGAUUCGCCCUUGUUGCCCGCCAGGACUCCACCACCGGUUACAUCUCCGUCUUGGAUAACCUGAAUGAUGGAUUCCGUGUCAUGCGUUGCGACCACAGCUUGCUCGGCGGCCAGUGGACCAAGAUGCCCCACAACUACAACCCUGCCGUUAUGGACCCCAUCUACUCGGUCUUCACCAUGCUUGAGGCCGUCCGCCUGGUUGAAACUGACCACGGCGAGCCCCGCGUAGAUGCCAACAGCAAGGCACUUGUCAUCGGUCUCGGUGUCGGCACCACGCCCUCUGCCCUGAUCCACCACGGCAUCGAGACCACCAUCGUGGAGAUCGACCCUGUCGUGCACAAGUUCGCCACCGAAUACUUCCACCUUCCCUCGAACCACAUCGCCGCCAUCGAAGACGCCACCGCCUUCGUGAAGCGCACUCCCCCAGCCCAGUAUGACUAUAUCGUCCACGACGUCUUCACCGGAGGCGCCGAGCCCCUCGAGCUCUUCACUCUCGAGUUCCUCGAAGGCCUAUCCUCCCUUCUCAAGGAUGACGGAGUCAUUGCCAUCAACUAUGCCGGCGACAUCUCUCUCUACCCCGCCGCCCUAACCGUCCGCACCAUCCAAUACGUCUUCCCGACCUGCCGCAUCUUCCGCGAGGCCUCCGACUCUGACCUCACCGCCGACUUCACCAACAUGGUGAUCUUCUGCAAGAAGAGCUCCGCCACGCCGCUCACCUUCCGCGACCCCGUUUCCGCCGAUUACAUGGGCAGCAAGUUCCGCCAGAUGUAUCUGAUGCCAAAGGUUGAGAUCGACGCGAGUCGGUUCCAAGAUAUCGAGAAGGGCGGUCGUCGUGUCCUCCACUCUAAGAACACCCACCUGCUUCAUAAGUACCAGGAUCGGGCUGCGCUCGAGCAUUGGAAUAUUAUGCGUCAUGUGCUGCCUGAUUUUGUUUGGGAGAACUGGUGA